GUCUGCUAAGGAGCGUUUCCCUGAGUGACUCGACCUUCCCGGGCUGCGCACCGACGGGUUGAUGAACGGAUCAGUGUGCGGGAUUCAAUCCAAGUCGGCCGUGUCGCUAUGGGAACUUUGCCGCUAUGUUAGAGAACACACCAUCCACUCAUCUGCUUUCUACUCACCUUAAAAGCUGUCGGAGUUUUACGCAAUGGAGUCUGGAGCGGGACGAGGCGACGGGAACCACCGCGCGCUUUGGAGACACAGGAUGUGUGUGUAAGAGUAGACAGACCGGGGCCAGUCAUGGAGCCUGAGCUAAACUGCAGCUCCCACUGUGAUUCCCCUCUGUGCUUCAUCCACGCAGGGGUCAACAGGCAGGAGGGUCUUGACAUUCUGCAGAGACUAUGCAGCCUCAGCACGCUGGCAGUGGAGCUCCCGAGGCGCUCGCUCUCCCCGGUGCUCAGUGCUGUGGUGUGGACGCUGCUCUCCGGUGGCAUCCUGCUGGCCUUCUGCUUCCUCCUCUUCACGCUGCGCUUCAAGAACAACAGGAUAGUGAAGAUGUCCAGUCCUAAUCUGAACAUCCUGACUCUGGUGGGGAGUCUCCUCACCUACAGCAGUGGCUUCCUAUUUGCCGUGGAUGAACGCACACACUGGCAGGGUGGAGCGUCUUCGGCUGUGAUCCAAGCUCGAACCUGGACCCUGUGUGUCGGCAGUACCCUGGUGUUCGGCCCGAUUUUGGGGAAGACGUGGAGACUGUACCGGGUUUUCACCCAGCGACUGCCCGACAAGAGAGUGAUCAUCCGAGACAUCCAGCUGAUGGGCUUGGUGGCUCUGUUGAUCCUGGUGGACCUGCUGGUUCUCACCUUCUGGAACCUCACAGACCCCAUCAGGUGUUCACGGUCUGUCGCAGCUGCUGUCAAGGUGGUGGACAGAGACGUUUCCUACACAUUGUCACAGAUGGACUCUUGCUCUUGUGUCUACUCAGAUCUAUGGGCUAUCAUUAUUGCUGUUCAGAAGGGCAGUCUCCUCCUCUAUGGCACUUACCUGGCAGGGUUGACCAGCAACGUCAGCCACCCUCCAGUCAACCAGUCUCCCACCAUCAUAACCGCCGUCACCCUGGUCACCCUCUCCUCGGCUGUGGUCAUCCCUGUGUCCGUCUUCUUGCACGCUUGGCCCAACCUGGUCUACAGCACCGUGGCUGGAGCCAUCUUCAUGUGCACACUAGCCACUAACUGUAUGCUGUUUGUGCCUCAGCUGACCCAGUGGCGGCAGUUUGAAGAGGAUCAGAACAACCCGGGUCAGAUGGCGAAGUAUUUCAGCAGCCCCAGUAAGAGCCAGCCGUCUGCGUACAGCCAGGAUGAGAUCUACUACCUGCUGGGCGAGAACAACUCCAUGAAAAAACUCCUCAAUGAGAAAAACGCUGUGAUUGACAGCCUCCAGGAGCAGGUUGGCAACGCCAAGGACAAACUGCUGCGCCUCAUGUCAGCCAGCCAGUCGUGCGAGGACCAGAACAUGGACUCCUCUGCCACCAACCUCAACUCCUCCUCCACUCAGACCACGGAGCUUCAGUCCGACGGCCCCUCUUCUUCUUCUCUACCUCAGAGAGUCGCUAAAUCUCAACUCUCACCUCCUCACCUCACUGCUGCUGCUGUUUCGUCACACGGCAUUACGCUGUCGUCAGAGUGUCCCGAUGCUCCGAACUCCUCGAACCCCAGGACGGCUUCCUCCCCGCUAUCUCACGAUGUGUAUGCGGAUGAAAAUCUAAAGAGUGUGUCGAUCCCUGGCUCUACAGACAAAGACACAAGAACAGGGGGGGAUCUCAAACAGCCCGUGUCCCUCCCGUCCUCUGGAAUACCUCGGACAGCAGAGCAGACCGUCAACUUUGUCACGUCCCUACAGGGCCGUAGAGGGUUGAACCCCUUUCCAGUUGAAACUUUUAGCAACUAUUGUGGCCAGGCAUCUCAGCUGAGGCCGACUGGCUUUGUGAGCAGUGAGCAGUUGCAGGAGAUCCUCCAUGAGCUCAGCCUGGAUGCGGUCUUGGAAGGCGCACUGCGAUCUCCCAGUCAAACAGCCAGGACGCCCUCUGAGUCAAAAUUCUCUGCACUCUCGCCACUGUCCCUGCGGACGCCACGCUCCCCUCAUCCGCCCGUCCUCUUCCGUUACCCCAGCAUCUCCCCGUACGCCAUGAGAAAACGUCGGCCGCCGUUCAACUCUUCCAGAAGAGGUUUGACGCCUCCCUGCUUCUACACCGGAUGUGGGAAGAUAAAGGAAAAGUAUGAACGCCAACAUCCAGGGGGGAACCAUGACAAGGCGACUGUGGAUGGGACCUUCCUCCAGGUCAAUAACAGUGACCUUGGGCUGCAGGAGGAGGAUGAGGAGGAGGCAGAAAGCCAUAAAGCCCAAAGAAAGAGUCGGAGGAGCGUUUCGAGGUGUCACAGAUGUUCAGCGUUGCGCUGCACAGAAAACAAUCACACAGAUCCGCCUGAUGUGGAGGCAGGUGGGGAUAAUGAGCAGCACCACAGACGCAUUAGAGACUCCUGUGGGUACUGGGACUCAGACUCCAGCAGCUCAACAGACUACUGUUACUACCAUCGUCCGUACUGCGACUCCUGCCUGCAGCGGGGCUCGCUCCUCUCCUCCUCGGACUCCUCGGACUCCUCGGACAGCGAGUACGAAAGCUUCGCCAGCCUGUACCGCUCCUCGCACCCUGUGGUGUUCAAAGAAGACCUCAAACCCACCUUUGUAUGAGCACGGGUUCACUGCACUUUACAGGGCCAUGCCUUUUUACCAUUGGAAUCAUGUCGUAAAUUGUAUUAAACAUAUGGCAAAUUCGUAUCGUAUAUAAUUUGAGUGAAUAUGUCCUGCUGUUUACUUUUUAAAAUAUUACUUAUGGUCUUAUUUCUGCUGUCACAUGAAACCCUUUCAUUCCAAAACUGUCUGAACCAUAGAACACUAACGUGAAAUUAGUCACACCAUCACUAACGUCGAUAUAAUAUACCCGAUACAAAAUGCUAAUGAUCAAAAUAUAUUAAUGUACAACAAUACAUGGCAAUUUGAAGUACUCUUCUUUUCGCGGAUGUAACAUCUCAUAAAACGGGAAAAAGGUAUCAUGGGGGACCCUAUAAAAAGGAUCUAAAAUUAGUACAAAAUUAGGGGGUCGUUAAAGAAAAAUCCCCCCCAAAAAAAAUAAUAGAGCUGGAAAAUUGUUCUCCGGUCCAGCCGUUCUUGGGACAUGUCUGGUGAAGGCACAGUCUCCCUGCAUCAUUUACAACUUAUAUCAUAUUCAACAAAUAUUUUACCCUCUAUCACUAACUCCGGGUGAAAAAAUUACCCGAACACGUGCCUAUUGGAAAAAACAGGGAUGGGAGCAGGGAAACUAGCCGACCUUCUAUGGCGUCAGUGAGCAGACUGAAGCUACCCAAGGACCCACGCCACUCAGACAGCAGCCACACAAUGAGAAUCCCACGAUCACACUCGCUCGGCUAAAGAACACCCGACGUUAGUGUUCUAGGGCUAAGCCAGCCAUUUAGAGUAGAGAAAAACAAAGAAAAUCUAAUUGAAAAGUUUUCACGUGACAGUUAUUAGUUAUGUUAUAUUUAUUUUAAUAUUUAUUAGCGGUUGUUUUGGGAGUACAGAGUCAUUUUCUGUCUCUUUUAUUGUUUCUCACUGUCAAAUGCGUUAAUGAAAAUGUUGCACUGCCAUUUUGUUGCAUAAUCUGCAUUUUGUUGUUUACUUUAAGUUUUAAAGGCCCUGCGUUGUCUGUACAACACAGCACUUGUCGUCACAUGCUUCCCAUCCACAGCUGGUUUAUGGGACACCGCACGCUGUCAGAGCAACUGGUGUAAACAGGUCACUGGUACAUUUCUACACUUUUCCCAGUACCAUUGUAUUGUUUUUAAUCAGAUCCUCAAAUCAUCAGCGGUUUUCUCUAGAGAAAGACCACAUCACUUCAUAUUCAUGCUGCAUCUUCACCUCUUUUAAUACGACAUAUAACAGGAAGGAAAACUACUUCACCCCAAGGGCAAUACUUUAAUACUAUAUAAUACUAUAAUAAAAAAUGUACUGCAUAAAUAACAGACAGACAAACAGAAAGUGAUUUAAACUGUUGGUCUGGCAUAAAGCAGGAUUAGUCUGUCAGGGGGGGGACAAAAAGCAGACUCUCUUAAUGUUAACCUUAAUCAUUACCAAAAUACUUCCUAAAGACAGAUUCUGGAGUUUUAUUAUAUCUCUCCAGCACAGACAGAAACAGAAUCAGCACCCAGCUCCCCCUGUUAUUUUAAAUGUCUCUUUCCUAAUGUACCCAUCUCUUUAUCUCCCUCUAGCCCUCUAUCUUCUCUCUGUAUUUUAAUUUUUUCCCUUCAUCUAAUGGGAAAACGUGAGUUCGCCUGGGGAGAUGCUGGAAAAGCAGCUUCUUGCGUUACUUCAGCUCGGCUGCUUGGUUUUUGAGACGCUGUUUCUCUCUAUUCUGCAUGUGGACCAUUGAGGGGCAGCCUGGGAGAAAUUCCCUUUGAUAAAGAGCAGAGUAUUAAUAAACCACACAAAAGACUGACUACCAGCAUCUUUCUGGAGAGGGAACUACUUUCCUGCCAAGCCCAGAUAAGUGACCUGCAUUCUGUCUCAGAUCAGAAAACAGUGGAGCAAAUGUAGAAUUGUGGAAUAAAAAUAGUUUAUCAUACUUAUAAAUAUUUCUCCAAGUAACGCAACAGACAUUCCACACUUAUUGCAAAAAUAGAAAUAGAUGAAGAUUAGUUCCAAUAGACUUCACCCCAGAUGGAUUAAGGUCAUUAGAGACGCACAAACGAUUUCUAAUAAGUAAUUCUUUGUACUGGGUCAAGU